AUGAAGUUCUCCAUGGUUGUCGGCGCAUUGAGCGCUCUGGUCGCGACCGUGUCGGCCGUGAAGGUGAACCCACUUCCCGCGCCCCGCAACAUCACCUGGGGCUCGUCCGCUCCAAUUUCCGUUCAGGAGCUCUCGCUGCGUACCACCGAUGCCCACGGGCACACCCACGACAUUGUCAACAAAGCUUGGGAACGCGCCUGGGCCGCCAUCACCAGCCUUCAAUGGGUGCCCGCCGCCACCGAAGCUUCUAUUUCCUCGUUCCAGCCUUUCCCGACCGGUGCAGGAUUGACCAAGCGCAGUACCAAACCAAUCAAAUCCGUUCAGCUGACUCUGGUUGAUGGUGACGCCGAUCUUCAGCAUGGAGUCGACGAGUCUUAUACUUUGGAGGUGACGGAGUCUGCUGGUAGUGUCAAGAUCCACGCGCAGACGGUCUGGGGUGCGCUGCACGCGUUCACCACGUUGCAGCAGAUUAUCAUCUCAGAUGGCAAGGGUGGUCUGAUGAUUGAGGAGCCGGUUCGCAUCCAGGAUGCGCCUCUGUAUCCCUACCGUGGUAUCAUGAUUGACACUGGCCGUAACUUCAUCUCUUUGCCCAAGAUUUUGGAGCAGAUCGAUGGCAUGUCUCUGUCCAAGCUCAAUGUGCUCCACUGGCACUUGGACGACUCUCAAUCCUGGCCCAUGCACAUGAAGUCGUACCCUGAGAUGACCAAGGACGCGUACUCUCCCCGUGAGACAUACUCCAGAGAGGAUAUGCUUAACGUGAUCGCCUAUGCUCGCUCCCGCGGUGUGCGUGUCAUUCCCGAGGUUGAUAUGCCCGGUCACUCCUCUUCUGGCUGGCAGCAGAUCGACCCGAAGAUUGUGGCCUGCGCCCACUCGUGGUGGUCAAACGAUGAUUAUACAUACCACACUGCCGUCGAGCCUAAUCCCGGCCAGCUGGAUAUCAUCUACAACAAGACCUACGAGGCGGUGCGCAAUGUGUACAACGAGCUGUCUGGAAUCUUUUCGGACAACUGGUUCCACACCGGUGCCGACGAGCUUCAGCCUGGAUGCUACAACUUCAGCACCUAUAUCACCGAGUGGUUCUUGGAGGAUUCUUCGCGUACCUACAAUGACUUGGCCCAGUACUGGGUUGACCAUGCCGUGCCCAUCUUCCGGGCCGUUGGUUCCCAUCGCCGCAUCAUGAUGUGGGAGGACAUUGCUCUGUCCACCGAGGCCGCACACGACGUUCCCAAGGACAUCGUGUUGCAAACUUGGAACAACGGCCUAACCAACAUCCAGAACCUGACUGCCCGCGGCUACGAUAUCGUUGUCUCGUCCUCUGACUUCCUGUACCUGGACUGCGGUCACGGUGGCGCCCUAGGCAACGACCCCCGCUACGAUGUGAUGUCCAACCCAGACGGCAGCGUCAACUUCAACUACGGUGGUAACGGCGGUUCCUGGUGUGCCCCAUACAAGACCUGGCAGCGAAUCUACGACUACGACUUCCUCACGAACCUCACCAAAACCCAGGCCAAACACGUUCUGGGCGCCGAGGCUCCUCUCUGGUCUGAGCAGAUCGACGAUGUGACUAUCUCGAGCCAGAUGUGGCCCCGCGCUGCUGCUUUGGCUGAGCUCGUGUGGUCCGGUAACCGUGACGCCCAUGGCAACAAGCGAACCACCCUCCUUACCCAGCGUCUUCUGAACUUCCGGGAGUACCUGGUUGCAAAUGGCGUUAUGGCUACUGCUUUGAUGCCCAAGUACUGUCUGCAACACCCUCACGCCUGUGACCUUUACUACAACCAGAGUGUCAUUACCUAA